GCAAACUCUAGCGGAGAAUGGCGGCGGAAAGAGUAGUGAAGCCUGCGUUUACUUUUAGGCAUCUGAGCAACAAGAAGAUCAGCUUCAUGAACGAUAGAAAAAUCUGCGAUCUGUUUAUGAAAUGGUCAAUGCAUGGUAGGAUCAUAGUCCAGGCUUUCAGUUUUGACGAAUACUUUCAGCCUUAUGAUAAAGAUAAGUUUGUACAAGCAUUUUUCAAGGAUCCCAAUGUUGUGAUCAAUCUUAAAGUGGUCUCACCUUUAACUUGUGAAUGGACAACUCUAGGCGUGAAAGUUAAGAAAACAGAAGCAGAGGAAAUUCCUUGCAAGCAAGUUUCAAUGUCAUUCUUUGAUCGUUUGUACAGUAAUGGUAUUGUACGAGAAACAGGGCACAUUAAUAAAUGUUUGGAUGAAUUCUAUGGGGAAUUUGUUGUCGCUGAUCAGCUUCGACAGGUAUUACUGUUGGAAGACUCUGACAAUUAUCAAAUAUUCAGUGAUACAGAACGUAAGGAAUUUAUCUUCUGUCUCUUCAAACAUUUCUGCUUGGGUGGAAUGCUCUGUCAAUUUGAAGAUACAGUUGACCCCUACCUGGAAACCACCAAGGCAGUUUACAAAGAAAUAGUCAGUGUACAGAAAGAUCCUGAUACAAAAGGUAUACAUGUCAUCUCUACAGUGUUCAAGAUUACAGCCAGUGGUGAUCAUGGCCUGUGUUAUCCUUCCACCAAGAAACACGAACAGACUUUUGCCUAUCUCAUCGUAGAUCCCAUAAAGCGCCAUGUGCAUGUACUAUACCACUGCUUUGGAGGAGGAUUAUUCUGCAAUUAAUGCUUACUUACAAUCCUCUAUCUUUGCUGAAAUAUAAGUACUGUUUAGCUGAGGAUGUUCUGCGGGGAAGCAGUAUGUAUUAUGAGAAUGAUUUAUUCCAGUAUUUGAAACUUGCCCAUCUUUCCGCAUAACUGUAAUUUUUAGUAAAGAGAUGAUUAAGUGCAGACAGUUUCAAAGUCUGCAAAUAGUUGUUCAUAUCAUCUGCUUUUCUAAAUAUACAAGUAUUUUAGGGAUUAUCUUUUAUUGCGUGUUUUGUUCUGAAAUAUAUGUUAGUAAUUACAGGCAUUUGUGGAUAUAACCAAUGUUCCCUCUAAUUUUUAAUGGUCAGUGUGUGCAACAUGUAACACAGAUUUACUAUUUUGGAAACCUUCAAGAUGAUUAAUAUUUUUAUAUUUUAAUAACAUCAAUUUUCAUUUAUACUAUGGCUUAAAAACUAUUAAAAAUAAU